UCCACACUGAACAUCCAGGAUGACAGGGAUUAUUCUCUUUCUCUUGUGUCUGGGGCUUCCUCUUUACAACGCAGAAGAACAUGUCAAUGAGCUGUACACCCUGAUAGAAAAGGGCCAAGGCAGCUUUGUAGAUCCAGCUCCAAGCAACCAGAGCAGGAUGGUGGUUAAAGAGCCCUCACUGCCCAUCAACGAGCUUCUGGAAAAAAGCAGCAAGACCGGCGAGUCCAAGUUCGCCCUCCAUCCUCUGCCUCCAGCUGUGUGGCCAAAGCACAGUGACCUGGCACCCGUCCUUCGCCACCACGCUCCCCACAACAAGAGCAAGAAGGGCCCCAAGAGUGACCGUCUGCUGGAGCACAACAGCGAGAAAACCAGAUCUGAAGUUGUCGGUCUGCUUCCCAAAACCCCGCUGACAGGAGCCACAGCUGCUGCGACCAACCGCACCGUGCAGAAACCCAACCAAGACGCUCAGUCCAACAUCAGUCCUCCUCAGCAGAGCGAACCAGAGGGACACCCCAACUCCAGACCCAGGGGUCCAUCUCACACUCAGCCUCAAGCUCAGCCACACCAGCCAGCGCCUUCUCCGCGGAGAGAUCACCCCAACCGACGGCUGGACCCAGAGGAGAACCGGCCAGGGAAGUCCAGUCUCUAUCAGUCAGGUAUCGGUGCAGCGACCCGGAACAACAGCCGCCCGCCUGUUGUCUUCAACCGGCGCUCCUCCAGCCUGCUUUACCAGUUCGACAUCCUGAGGCGAGAGUCUGACUUCACACAUGAUGCCUACUGCAUGAGCGAGUGCAGGAAGGAGAAGGAGGAGAGAGAGUAUUACUGCUACAGUGAGUUUGCUGUCAAUGGGAUAGUUCAUGACAUUGAGGUGUUGCGUAAAGGAAUCCGGCUCAUUACUCUGAUGGUGAGCAGCGACGGUUUCUACAAGAUGAAUCGUCUGUACGUGACCCCAGACAGCUUCUUCUUCAAAGUUCGCCUUCUGGUCCUGGAUACGUACAGGUGCAGCAAACCCUGCCCUGAUAUCAAACUUGGAACGAGAUACAUCGUAAUGGGUCAGAUCUACCACCGGAGGCGCCACCUUCCCAGUGACCUCCUAAACUUGCUGGGGGGUAAACUGAAGCCUGGAGACGGCCUCCUGCGAAGCAACAACUAUGUCAAGAGGUUCAACAAAAGGAGACACCAGAAGGCCCUGGAAGCCGCCCGCACCAGGUGCAGGUGAACCAAACAUAAGACAAUCGCCCCCUUCUGCAGGGGAAGAGACAUUGCAGCUUACAUGAACUGAUCAUAACUAACCCCUCAGUGUUGCGCAAGGGAGAGGACGUUUUGCAGAAGGCAAGGAUUUACUUUUGUAUGGACUGCUACCAUGUACCAUAAUGUGACAAAAUUAGUUUAUACAGUGGGUAUAUUUUCUCGUUUUGUAUCAUGUGGGCAUUUUUUGGUUUUAGUCAUGUUUUUUUUUUUAACAAUCCAAUAUUUGCCCUGAGAAAGAAACAAUAUCACAUCAGAUCCAGCUUUUUUAUUCCCUCUAUAAUCCAAGCACAGAAAUGAACACACAUGCAAGAUCGCUGUAAUCCAACUUAGAAGAGAAACUUACGUUCCAUGUAAACAUAUUGAAUUUUAAAAAAUAAUCACAGUUGCUCACUUUCAUUAUUUUAGUAAACGCAGGAACCUUGGAUCUUCUCAUACAAAUUCAGCAUUUAAAUCUUGCUGAUUCCUUCAGUUAGUCAGUGAUACUUCUUAAUUGAUAUGAAUGCAAAAUGUUGUAUUGCACUGAAUAGUAUUGUUCUGUAACACCAAAUCCCGUGCAUGUUGUCCCUGUGGUUGUUAUUGGUAAGCAGGAAAUGCACUAUUAUUGUUACAAGGUCCAAAGGGACGGAAUGAAGGGUCUGAAAAAGCAGCAACAAAUUCCAGUAGAGGAGAAUGGAGAGAAAGGACAAGGGAGAGAGAGAGAGAGCACAGGACCUUUACUUGUCAUGAGAGCGGCUUACUUUUCUAACUUUAAUAAUGUGUCCACGAUGAAAUGUCUGCCUGAGCAGACUGGAACAUCAAACAAGGCCACGCUGAAUGAGGAAGGGGUGUGUUGUUGUAGGGACAAAGCCGUAAGUCUAAUCGCAGGAAUCUGAUCCUCUCCGCACCUGGACACAUGACUCGGAAAAGUGCCUCCAUCACAGCUAAUCCUUGGGAUGGCUCUUGUUUUCUUGCUUACACACAAACAUGUUCUCCUUUGGGAGGUGGAGUAUUUAAAGUAUUUAGGCAGGAUCAGAGAAAGAGGCGGGCAGGGGCGAGAUGGAGGAGGAAUAAAGACAGUUAUGUAAAAUGACACAGGGAGGGGAUUCAGGCAGGAGAAGGGGGUGUUGGGUCUGUCUUUCUGAAGAAGCAGCUUCUUAUUUAAUCAGAAAUCCCUGGCUUGAUUGUAGUACGACCCUGAGCUCAUGCUUCUUAUGAAAGGGAAAAGAUUUGCACUGAAUGCUUACUUUGCUUUACAAUACACAAACCCAAUAAAAGUGUGUAUUUGUUUUGUACUCUACGACCCCCUUGAGGAAUUUAUUUUUCUUUAAACCAACCUCCACUCACGCUAUCACAUGCAUCUGCACACUGAC